UGUCCUCGCCAGAUCAGAGCGCUGGCCCGGGGAGGGGACCCAGGCGCUCUGAUCCCUCCCAGCCUGGCUUCCACGUCGCCGACCCGAGAUGGCCAAGCGCAGCUCGCUGUCUAUCCGCAUCAUAGAAGGGAAAAACCUGCCGGCCAAAGACAUCACCGGCAGCAGUGACCCCUACUGCAUCGUGAAGGUGGACAAUGAGUCCAUCAUCAGAACAGCCACCGUGUGGAAGACCCUGUGCCCCUUCUGGGGUGAAGAGUAUCAAGUGCAUUUACCCCCCACGUUCCACGCUGUGUCUUUCUAUGUUAUGGAUGAGGAUGCCCUUAGCCGGGACGACGUUAUUGGGAAGGUCUGCCUCACAAGGGACACCCUGGCCUCUCACCCAAAGGGAUUCAGUGGAUGGACGCACCUGACAGAGGUGGACCCGGAUGAGGAGGUGCAGGGUGAGAUCCACCUGCGCCUGGAAGUGGUGCCAGGGAUCCGUGCCAGUCGACUGCGCUGUUCUGUGCUGCAGGCCAGAGACUUAGCUUCAAAAGACCGAAAUGGUGCAUCUGACCCUUUUGUCCGAGUACACUACAAUGGCCGGACCCAGGAGACCUCGGUGGUAAAGAAAUCCUGCUACCCACGCUGGAACGAGACAUUUGAAUUUGAGCUGGAGGAGGGAUCCCCAAAGGCGCUGUUCGUGGAGGCCUGGGACUGGGAUCUGGUUAGCAAGAAUGACUUCCUAGGCAAAGUUGUCGUCAAUGUCCAGAGACUGCGUGCAGCCCAACAGGAAGAAGGAUGGUUCCGACUGCAGCCUGACCAAUCCAAAAGCAGGAGGGGCGAGGGCAACCUGGGCUCCUUGCAGUUGGAGGUGCGGCUGCGGGAUGAGACGGUGCUGCCAUCCAGCUGCUACCAGCCUCUGGUACAGCUGCUGUGCCGGGAGGUGAAACUGGGCACCCAGGACCCAGGGCAGCUGAUCCCCAUCAUUGAGGAGACAACUAGUGCUGAGUGUCGCCAGGAGGUGGCCACCAACCUGCUCAAGCUCUUCCUGGGACAGGGGCUGGCCAAGGACUUUCUGGACCUGCUUUUCCAGUUGGAGCUGGGCCGCACUAGUGAGGCCAACACCCUGUUCCGUAGCAACUCUCUGGCCUCAAAAUCCAUGGAAUCUUUUCUGAAGGUGGCAGGGAUGCAGUAUCUGCAUGGCGUCCUGGGCCCCAUCAUUGACAGGGUGUUCGAAGAAAAGAAGUACGUGGAGCUGGACCCCAGCAAAGUGGAAGUUAAGGAUGUAGGGUGCUCCGGGCUGCACCGCUCACAGACAGAGUCUGAAGUGCUGGAGCAGAGUGCACAGACGCUGCGCGCCCACUUGAGGGCACUGCUGAACGCAAUAUGUCGCUCGGUUCGCGCAUGCCCAGCUGUGGUCCGCGCCACUUUCCGCCAGCUGUUCCGGCGCGUGCAUGAGCGCUUCCCCAAUGCCCAGCACGAGAACGUGCCGUUCAUCGCUGUCACCAGCUUCCUGUGUUUGCGCUUCAUUUCCCCCGCCAUCAUGUCGCCCAGACUCUUCCACCUGCGAGAGCGGCAUGCGGAUGCCCGCACCAGCCGCACAUUACUCCUGCUGGCCAAGGCGGUCCAAAAUGUGGCUAACAUGGAUACGCCAGUUUCCAGGGCCAAAGAAGCAUGGAUGGAGCCACUGCAGCCCACCGUGCGCCAGGGUGUGACGCAGCUGAAGGACUUUAUCAUGAAGCUCGUGGGCAUAGAAGAAAAAGAAGAGCUGGACCUGCAGCAGACAUUGAACUUGCAGGUACCGCUGGUCAAAGAGGGACCACUGUUCAUCCACAGGACCAAGGGCAAAGGCCCCCUCACAUCCUCCUCCUUCAAGAAACUCCAUUUCUCCCUCACUACUGAGGCCCUCAGCUUUGCCAAGACAUCCAGCUCCAAGAAAAGUGCCUUCAUCAAGCUCACCAGCAUCCAGGCUGCGGAGAAGGUAGAAGAAAAGAGCUUUGGCAGCUCCCACGUCAUGCAGGUCAUUUAUACAGAUGACGUUGGCCAGCCUCAGACCAUCUACCUGCAGUGCAAGUGUGUAAACGAGCUGAACCAGUGGCUAUCUGCACUGCGCAAAGUGAGCAUCAACAACCCUGGCCUCCUGGGAUCAUACCACCCUGGCAUCUUCCGUGGGGACAAGUGGAGCUGCUGCCACCAGAAGGACAAGACAGAUAGGGGCUGUGACAAGACCCGCUCACGGGUGACCCUGCAGGAAUGGAAUGACCCACUGGACCAUGACCUUGAGGCUCAGCUCAUCUACAGGCACCUGCUGGGUGUGGAGGCUGCACUUAGGGAGAAGUUCCGGCUGUUGAGUGGGGACACAGAAGCAGGCACCUCGACCACAGGCCCUGGUGGAGCUCCUGAGGACUCACUGGCCCAACUGCUUCAUGUACUGCAAGACCUUCAGGAAGCCCACAACUCUAGCCUGGUGAACCUGACACCCACAGAACGUCACCACCUUUUAGAGCUUCAGACCUGAGGUGUUUGUGGAACACAAACACACAGCCAGACGUUUAGAGAUCUCUCUGGGCCCUCACCCCAGUCAUCUCUCCUGGGGAGAACUUUGGCUCCACAUACCACCCCUAUGUCUGUGGUGUGUAGGUGGCACCUACUUCUCUGGAAGGCCUGACUCCUUCCAGAUUCUUAACCCAGGGCAGACACAUCCCUAGAAAGAUCUGGACCUAGGAGACCAGGUGUCCACCUUGUACCCCCUCACUUCCAGCCACCACCCCUGCUGCUGCCUGGCCCCCUUGGGCAGGGCAUCACAGUGCUUUACUGCUGUUAAUAAACCUGUGGUGACUGCCGAGGCUCUGGGGUCUUGAGAUGGGGAGAGACAGAGAGACAGAUAGAGACACAGUCCUGGGGACCCUAGUGGGAGCUGGGAAUAUGACCAAAGGCUGGAGUCACCAACAGUCUCUUUGCAGUCCAGCCCUCAUUUUGGGUUCCAUUUUACCAGGGGCCAACGCCUCUUUGACCUCCAAACGGCUGUUCCCACAUUUCUCUCCACAGUUCUUCAUCCUAUAAGCUGUGGAGCCUGACAGGUCUUCCCAGCCUUUCUCUUCUGGAAACAGCCAUCACAC